UCGACACAAUCGAAGGUGGCGACAGAGAAUUAUUUCUUUGGGUCUUAUUUUAUGCCUAUAUAUUUGAAGCGAGUACAGCAUGCAGAAUAUUUAGGCAUUUUGAGUAAUCAAAUCCCAUACCCCACUUUCGGCCGCCACAAGGAUUUUAAAUUCUGGUAUUAUUGAAAAUAAACAUAAGCAAAUAAGCUAUAGCCACGGAAGACAUAAGAAAUGCGGGAGAUAUUGACACUGCAGAUUGGCGGAGCUGGCAAUGCCAUUGGCGAUGCGUUCUGGCAUCUGAUAUCGCAUGAGCAUGGCGUGGAUUAUGGAUCGGGUCGAUUCGACGGCACCAGUCCGCUGCAACUGGACCGGAUCAGUGUGUUCUUUAAUGCGACCGUCAGCAAGCGUUUCUAUGCACGCACCAUCAUCAUCGACACGGAGGCUAGCACCAUACAGCGUUUGAGUUCGAGCAGUCACCUGUAUCGUCCGGAAAACUUUGUGGCCGGUUCGGAGAGUUCGGGCAAUAACUAUGCCCGUGGCUACCAUACGGAUGGCGCCGAAAUUCUCGAUCAAGUGCUAGAGAGUACGCGACGCGAAGUGGAAUCAUUGGAUUCACUGCAGGGAUUUCAGUUGCUCCACUCGAUUGGUGGUGGCACCGGUUCGGGUCUGACGUCACUGAUCAUGGAGGCACUGGUCGAGCAGUAUCCGGAUAAUUUACUAUGCAACUAUGUGACCAUACCAUCGCCGAAUCUAUCACAAGUCAUUGUGGAACCAUACAAUGCACUGCUCAGCAUACCGGCGCUGGUGAACAACUCGCAUUUGACCUUUUGCCUGGACAAUGAGGCACUUUUUCAGAUCUGCAAUCGCAAUCUGAAGAUUCCAAUGUCUGGGUAUGAGCACAUCAAUCACAUUGUCGCCCUCACCAUGUCCGGCCUAACAACCUGUCUGCGUUUCCCCGGCCAAUUGAAUGCCGGUCUGCGCAAGAUCUAUGUGAAUAUGGUGCCCUUUCCCCACCUACAUUUCCUCAUACCGGGCUUUGCGCCGCUGGGCUCGUGCAAGGAGCAACAAUUUAGCAAGGGUACCGUCGCUGAGCUGGUGCAACAGAUCUUCUCCAGCAACAAUCUGCUGUGCGCCAUCGAUUUGCGCAAGGGCAAACUGCUAACGGCUGCCGGUAUCUUCCGUGGACGGAUGUCACCACGCGAAGUCGACCAACUGAUGACGGGCGUGCGCAACAAGAAUCUGAACAACUUUGUCGACUGGAUACCGAAUAACAUAAAAACGGCCAUCUGUGAUAUUCCGCCACGCGGCCUGAAGAUGUCCGCCACAUUCAUUGGCAAUACGACAGCGAUACAGACGUUGUUCAAGCGAUUGCUGGAUUUGUCCAGCAUCAUGUUGCGCCGCAAAGCCCAUCUCCAUUGGUACACUGGCGAAGGCAUGGAGGAGCACGAGUUUAUCGCCGCCCAGGAAGAGCUGCUGGCCAUCAUCGAUGAGUAUCGGGCCAGUGGCCGUGACGACGGCGAUACGAGAGACUCCGGCAAGCGGGACAGCGAUGAUGAGAUAUCGUCACGAACGGGCCCAAAAUGCCAAUAUUGCACCAAUUGAAACUCCGGGAUUGCAUUUGCUAAUGCUGCUGUCAAAUAAAAUGUGUCUAUUUUCAA